AUGCGUCUUCUGCAUCUUGAUCUCGAUAAACGCACGUGGGUUGUCGAAUCUUUCUCUCCGACAUGCAUUCCCUUUUACGCCAUUCUGUCGCACACAUGGGGUCGCGACAAUGACGAGGUCAAAUUUGAAGACAUCGAAAGCGGAGAGCGGCAGUACAGCGAUGUCACUAAACUGGGCUAUGCGAAACUUCACUUCUGCCAAGAGCGAUCUGACAACUCCGAGCUGCAGCACUCACUUGCUUCCAUGUUCUACUGGUAUCAGAAGGCUGCAACAUGCUAUGUGUGGCUUUCAGAUGUGUCUAUCGGCGAUGCUACGGAUGAUGCUAAUCGCGAGUGGGAGAAGGCGUUUUCGAAGAGCAGGUGGUUUAAACGAGGCUGGACACUUCAAGAACUUAUUGCGCCGGAAUCUGUUGCCUUCUUCUCCAAUGAGGGCAAAUUCAUCGGCGAUAAAAGAGAGCUAGCGUCCACGAUUAGCCUUGUGUGUAACAUUCCUAGCCCAGCCCUGGAGGGCGUGGAGCUAUCGCACUUUAGUACAAAACAACGUUUCUUAUGGGCGGAAGGCCGCAUUACUUCAGUCCCGGAAGACGCUGCGUAUUGCUUAUUUGGUAUAUUCGAUGUAGAGUUGCCCACUAUGUACGCAGACGGCGAUUACAAGAAGAGAAAGAAAAUAGCCCUGGACAAGCUUAAAAAGGUGCUCAAGCAGAAGGAGGUCGAAAGCAAAAGCUCAGACGAAAUCAUACAUAUCGGCGGCGCUUUCUGGAAGGACCUGAUUACUUUGAGCGAAGAGCAGCUGUUAAAGCUAGACUCAGACCUUGAUCAGUAUAGCGAAUGGAUUCUCGACAUCUUUCCGGGUCAAUUCACCGGAGCAAAUCUCGUAUCACCGGAAUUCCUGACUGGUCUAUCUCAGAAUGCAGCCAAGCGGAUGAAACGACUAUUAGCGAAUCACAACAUCCGCUAUGAUGAUCUGUCGCAUUUCGAAAAUGAGGUGCAGUCUUGGGAAGAACCUUGGGGGCGAUAUAGAGAUGAACAUAUGCUUUCUCAAAUCAGGAUUCAGGGGUUCAUACAGAAUCGAUGGUAUUGGGCAGGAAAGUGCGCACGAGAGUGUGAGGAUAAAGGAAUUACUGCGGCUAGAACACUAGAAAGUCUGAUGAUCUGGAGGGGAAGGUGGCCUGCUUCCUAG